AUGGGUAAGGAAGAUAAGAAAAGAAAACUCGAAGAGGCCGAAGCGGCUGUCAAUGUCGAGAAGAAAGUGAAGAAAGACAAGAAGGAUAAGAAGGAUAAGAAAGAAAAAAAGGACAAGAAGGACAAGAAGGAGAAGAAGGAUAAGAAGGAUAAGAAGGAAAAGAAGGAAAAGAAACAAACAGAAGAAAAAUCCACAACCAAUGAAUUUGCUGCGGAGUCCACAUCUACCUCCGAAAGCCCGUAUGUUCAGUCCAAAUUGUUGAAAGACGUUCUGGAAUCAGACAUCAAGACUUUCUUGACAGAUAAUGAGAUUACCAUUGACGAUCCACACAAGUUAGAUUUGCGACCCGUAUUAAAAUUUGACCAAGUAUCAUUUGUUGAUGAAGUUCAAAAGGCAAUUUCAAAGUUUCCCAGCCCCACGCCUAUUCAAGCAGUGAGCUGGCCUUACUUAUUGAGCAACAAAGAUGUCAUUGGUGUGGCAGAGACAGGCUCGGGUAAGACUUUUGCUUUCGGUGUCCCAGCAGUUGACAGUAUCUUGAGACAUAGUAAAAAGGGGUUGAAGGUACUUUGUCUCUCGCCAACUCGUGAGUUGGCUUUGCAAAUUUACGACAACUUGGAGGAAUUGACGCAAAACACCCCAAUCUCUAGUGUCGCCAUCUACGGUGGUGUCAGCAAGCAAGAUCAGAUUGAAAAAAUCAAACACGCCAGUAUUGCCGUGGCCACUCCUGGUCGCUUGGUCGAUCUUUUGGAAGACAACUUGGUUGAUUUGUCAACAGUGGAAUACCUAGUUCUCGACGAGGCUGACAGAAUGUUGGACAAAGGUUUCGAGGAGCACAUCAAGAAGAUUAUCGGCUGCACUCCGAAAAAAACAAGUCGUCAAACUUUGAUGUUUACUGCUACUUGGCCAAAGGAAGUGCGUGAUCUCGCCUCUGAGUUCAUGGUAAGCCCAGUGAAGGUCACAGUUGGAGACCGUGAUGAGCUUUCUGCCAACAAGAGAAUUACACAAAUUGUGGAAGUGAUUGACCCUCGUGAAAAGGAAAGAAAGCUUUUGCAAUUGCUCAAAAAGUACCAGUCAGGAGCCAACAAAAACGACAAAAUUCUCAUUUUCGCAUUGUAUAAGAAAGAAGCACUGCGCGUGGAAGGUCUUUUGCAGAGAAAUGGCUACAACGUCUCUGCUGUCCAUGGAGAUUUAACCCAGCAACAACGCACAAAUGCUUUGGGGAGAUUUAAGCUGGGCGAGUCACAAUUGAUGUUGGCUACUGAUGUCGCGGCGAGAGGCUUGGAUAUUCCCAAUGUAAAGGUUGUAAUCAACUUGACAUUCCCAUUGACUGCUGAAGACUACGUCCACAGAAUCGGUCGUACUGGAAGAGCCGGUAAAACUGGUACUGCGCAUACGCUCUUCACAGAGCACGAAAAACAUCUUAGUGGAGCCUUGAUGAACAUCUUGCGUGGUGCCAACCAACCCGUUCCUGAUGAAUUGCUCAAAUUUGGAGGUCACACCAAAAAGAAGACACACUCUGUUUACGGAGCAUUUUACAAGGAUGACAUGGAGGGAAAGAGCGCCAAAAAGAUCAAAUUUGACGAUUAA